AUGAGUCCCGCGGCUCCACUUCAUUUCGAUGACCCAUAUCGCGCAUCGACCACUACUCCAGCACCGCCGGACGAACCGUACGGCAUAUUCGAGGACUACGGAGUGGGAGAGGAAGCUCCAGAGCUGUGCUCCGCUAACGACGAUGAGGAGCUCGACCCUAACAUCGGGAGGACAAACACCGAGUCCGCGCCUGGCGGGACCUCUACAACCAAUGCUACCAGGGUGUCUCUGCCACGGUGGUCUAAAGAUGACGAGUUUCUGCUCAUUCAGGAGAGGUUCGACUUGCGCGGCACCUGGUCUGGCAUGCGCGGCAUGCAAGGGGAGAAUCAAUUUUUUAAACUGCAUCGUAACCUGCUUGCCCGCAAAUCUACGUGGCGUCAUCCGGUGUCGGCGUUGCGUCCAAAACUGAGGCGUCUGGAGGCGACUUGGCUACGGUGGCGCACGAUCAUGGAGAGAUCGGGUGCAGGCGCUGCCGAAGGGGCACCGGUGUGGCACGAUUUGGCGGACCAGUUAUGGCGGAACCGCGAAACCGUCCGGCCCACCACCGUUGUUGAGAGUGGGCCCACCGCUCCCUCUGUCAACGGCCCCUCGCUCCCGCCCUCUCAAGCGGACACCCUCAUGCCUGAGGCAGCAGUCCCCACCCCGACACAGCCUGACUCCAUUCCCUCUGGCGUGAACGUUUCGUCAGCUGCGGAGCGGAGCAGUCUGCCACUGAGCGGCAAUCCGUCUGCUCCUGCUACCGGCACUCUACCAACACCCGCCACUGCGUCACACGGUGUGGGCACAUCGGCCCCUCAUGCCUCCGCGACGCCUUCCGCGAGUGUGGCCCGUGCGCCGUUAUUUUCUGAUGUUGGAAUGUCCCCUACCUUAACAUCGUCGAUUGGGUCCGGUAAGUAG